AGCAACGGGCGGUAGUGGAGGAAGAGUCGUGCGCUGAGCUUUCCGCUAAUCCGUGUGAUUACUUGCUGAUCAACCUCAGGCAUUCCGAGGUAGAACGUAUUCUCAGUCACAAGACAUCGAAGAAGGGACUCUUCUAUUUGGUCAAGUGGCUCGAUUACGAACUCGAAUAUUCUACGUGGGAGCCCGAAGAGAACCUUUUCUGCAAGAAUCUUGUCUCAGAAUACUGGCUUGAUCCUAGGCCGAGAGCAAGCCUGAAAAAAAUUAUUGAGGACGAAAUGGCGAAGCAAUUCAAAGAAGGAAAGGAGGAAGAAGUCGAGGAAUUUUCUCCCGAGGGGGAGUCGUCUGAUGAUCCUACCUCCGAUGAACACGAUCACAGGACCGACGGGAGUCCUGUGAAAGCAACGAAUCUCGGACGGGAGCCGCGACCGGAAUUCGAUGUUAGAGCCUUCUUGAAAUUGGGCUUCUCCGUGAGUGCCCUGAUCGUGAUAGUUUUCAUUCUCUGGGGCGGGAGCGACCAGUAUUACAUGAACCAGUUCUACCUGCGUCGAUUCAGUGACGACCAUGUGAAUCAUGUGGAGCACUGAACAACGUCAACGACUAAGAAGAGGGAAAACAAGAGUUUUCCGAGAUAUCGUACAACAUGUCUUAUAGUAUCCAAUCCAUGUAGCUCCGCAUUCCCGGAAGGACGGAUGGCUCACGAGCCCAUGAAUCUUUCUUUGUAUCUGGUUUCAUCGACAUUGUGCAUAAACAAAUGACAUCUGAGGCAGCCGGAAGCGGAUGACGACGGGGAAGUCGGAACAAGGAGCUCAGAAAAUGAUCUCAACAAUGAGGAUGAUUCUUUUCCAUCGAUGUUCGAUAACGAUAUGUGGAGUCGCGUCCGCCCGGAAUAUACGAAUCUAAAUUCAGCAAUCCCCGGCCAAGAUGUAAUCAAUGCAGUUUGUGCUUGAUCUUUCUCCGGCUUUCGACGACCAAGACGUCGAAUGUGUUGCCUGACCGCCUAGGCAAGAUGUCCGGUUUCAGCCCUCAGGUGCCUUGAGGGAAGCCUCAGUCUGAUCCUUGAUAAUGAUGGUAACGGAAUUGAAGUCUCCGCAGAGGAGGAGUCGACAUGAUCAGAGAGCUGGAAAUCUGUCUGAUGCUGACGCUCAUCUUGAAACGACUGCACAGACACUAACUAAUAAAAGUUUUACGGAAUCAUUCCACUUUGUGAGGGGA